UUGUGGCUGGAGUCCGCCGAAGGCCCCACGUUCGCCCACUUCUCUUCCCCUCUUUGCGAAGUGCUGCUGUCUGCUUAGACUUUGCGGCUUCGGGCACGAAAAACGACCAGAGUGUGGCAGUGGUGUGGUGCUUGGAGUGCUACUGUUUAUUGUUUUUCCAACCGCAACGGCUGACGGCUGCCGUGCGAGCUCUCGGGAUUCUUCGGACGCGGACUUUAGUCGUCGUUGCGUCGCCACCCGGUGAGUAGGGAGCGACUGCCCGGGAAAGUUUUCCGUGCUGGCUGUCAGGAUUGCCCGAUCGGCACGCGCCACAGGCGUUGCGACGUCUCCGCUGCUAGUGCGGCAAGCCCGAGUCGGCGUGCUUCGCAUAAAAGGGCUAACGCUCCGGCACGGUGGCCCCGGAAGAAGACGGCGAAAUAGGUUGUGCUCUCGGCGGGGAGUGGUGUUGAGAGCGCGGAAGAGCCUGCCCGCAGCGCCUCUCGGCGGCCGGCCGUGCGACUCGGCAGACGGCGAUGAGCAUCGCGCAGGAUCAGCACCGGCCUCGCGCGGAGGCGGCCCAUGAGCGCUGAGGCGCCGUCGCCAUGGAGCCGCCGUCGACGUCGGCUCCGCAGCGCAGCCCGCCGCCGCCGGUCCAGGCGGUCGCGGGCGGCGGGUCUACGGGCUGCACCCCGCACCUGAAGCGCGUGCUCAAGAGCUACCAAGCGGCGGCCGUGUCGAGCCUCCAGGGCCCGCCGGGAUGCCUGAUGGCGGCCGCCGGUGGGUCGCCCGGCUCGGGCGACGACGAGGAGCUACCAGCGCCCGCCCCGUUUCCGAUCCAGCAGCCGCCGCUGCUCACGCCCCCGGAUCAGUCCCGGUGCAGCGAGCGGUCCGAGACGCAGCUCGAGUCCUACUCCAUCUCCUGCUUCUCGGUGGGCGGCGAGCGGCGGCUUUGCCUGCCCCAGAUCCUGUCCACGGUGCUGGCCGAGUUCUCGCAGCCUCAAAUCAACGGCGUCUGCGACGAGCUACACAUAUUCUGCUCGCGCUGUAACGCCGAGCAGCUGGACGUUCUCAAGGCAACCGGCGUGAUUCCGUCCAGCGCGCCGAGCUGCGGACUCAUCACCAAGUCGGACGCGGAGCGGCUUUGCGCCGCGCUCAUCCACCAGGGCGCCCCUCCACAGGGCUCCUCCGGCGGGCCCGACCCGGUGCCGGUGUACCACGAGUGCUUCGGCGGGGCGACGGGCUCGUUGGUGCUGGACGCGUACCUGGGGCCCUGCUCGCCCAGUGUGCGCUGUCGCGAGUGCGGAUUACUCUUCGCGCCGCGGAGGUUCGUCUGCCACGCGCACCGCGCCCGCGAGAGCCGGACGUGCCACUGGGGCUUCGACUCGGCCCACUGGAGACACUACCUGCUCCUCGACGACCGCGAGCCCAGCGCCGACCUGGGCACUGCCGCCGACGUGCUGGCGCAGUUCAAGGCGAAGUUCGCCGACGACGUCGCCAAGCGGAAACAGGUGAGUCGACCGCCGCUCAAAACAAGGGCUACCCUUUGCUCCCGCCGCCACACGCCAUUGCGACACGCCGAUACCGCCGCCGUCGUCAACGCGAGCGGCGCUCCGCCGCCGCUCCUGCUCGCACCACGUUGUGUUCGUUUUGACGCCGUCUCCUGCUGAGCCUUUUUAUUUCUUUGCCCGCUCUGUUUUCGCGCGCCGUCUGCUUGUUUUCCCCACGCAUGUACACGUCGACGGUUUUAGUUUUUAUUCGGCUCUUGUCUACUGUUCAGGUUGAUCGUUUCGCCUAUAUUCUCUCUUGUCUCAAUUUCGCAACCCGACUAAUUCUUUUUUCUGUGU